UCUUCCUCUCCAGAUCUGGGUUCUCCAGCUUCUGAUCAUCUUCUCCGGCAUCCCGUUGUUUUUACGCUCGGAAGCCUUGGGCUUCCGAGUUUUGCUGCUUGAGCCGCCGGGUUCUCCGACUGCUCAAGCCCGAUGGAGCCGGCCUGUUCCCUGCUCCGAUGACCCCAUGAAGUCUCUCGACGACUAGGCCCUUCGAGUGCCUUUUUUAGGUUUUUGUUUUCUGUUUGUUUUCUUUGUUUCAUGAUUAUGUGUGUUGCCCGCUUGCUUGCAGGUCUCGCGGCUCCUUGCUCCCUCACGCUGGAAUUCCCAGAUCUGGCGGCCGUCGCCCAGAUCUGGUCUUCGCCUAUUCAUCUUGGUUCUUCGCCGAACCCAACCCGAUGUUGGGUGGCGGAACCUAACCCGGUGCUAGGGAAGGAGGGAGCGAGCAAGUGGCGUCGCCUAGAGGGAGAACAAAGGAAGAAGAAACUGAUUAUGGUAGUGGAAUAGCAGUUGAUGUUAAUGGAUAACAGAGAAUAAUGAUACUAAGAAUUU